GGUCGCCUAUCUACACUUGUUCUUAGCCUCACUAGAAUAUUCGGCCCACAGGAAUAAUGAGACUCAACUUCUUCACGAAAUAACAGCAGACUCAAACCACACGUUCAACAUCCAAAAAUAUAUCUCAAUCAACGUCGACCGACUCGUACACGUACUUACUUUCUACUACAUCCAUCUAUCUAUUUUAUUAUUUAGUACUACCGUAAAAAGUAUAAGACAAUCGUUUUUAUUGUAAAAACUGUAAGCGUCCUUAGAAUAAAUAUAUCUUCCUCUUCAUAGUUUUUCGCCUCGUCCCUCAUCUCUUUGUUCUUACACGACCCAAUUUUUAGUUGACAACGAACUUACGAAUAGAAAAGUCACAAAAAUGGGUGGUGAUCGUGGCGUGCGUCAUCGUAGCAACGACCAGAGUGGUCGACGUGGGGGCCAACGUAAUCAUGGCAAUCGCUACUGGAACUCGUGGAACUCUACUUGGAACCAUGCCACUGAGGAACAGAAGGACACCCGAAAGUUCUCGGGACCCAUCACGAAGUGGCUGCGGUACAAGAUGCGCGAUGAGUUUCCCGAUAACGAUUCCAACUGGGUUUUUUAAGGACGAUUGAAUACUGGUGUGGUUUAUCUCCCUGCCUCUCUGAUAUAAUUGCUUGGGACCCAUCUAGAAGUUCUUCUAGUAACUCACUCUUUCAACUGAUAGCUCAAAAUAACUUUAGUAAUUUCCCUACCACGGACCCGACUCCGAGGAGCGAAUUCGACGAAGGAGCUUUGUCUGGCUCUAAGUUUACUGGCAAGCCGUCCCCAGUGCUGGAGAAAAAUUCAACGAAGAGGGUCUGAGAAGAAUCGUGGAGCACCAUCCGGACCAUUUUUAAGGCUACCGCAGAUGCAUCCCCAGCAGUAUCGAUCCCUGGUUUCUUGUUCAAGGCCUUUUUGCUACUUGAACAAGGAGCGCCCAAGGAUAACCCUCUUGAGGAAAAUCGAUGCUCUCAGACUCAGGGAUGCGAACGCGGUACGUCUAACAUUUAGAGUUGUACGAUGCCGAUGAAGACGAGGCAAAACAUAAAGGCCUCUAUAUUCGCGCGACUCGCAAAAACAACGAAAAAUCUGUUGGCAACGAUUUCCGUAAAUUUUGUUAUGGAGAAUAGAUGCUUCUUUUAGUCAGGAGCCCUCAUCGUUUGAAAGUAUAUGCCGAAGGCCGAAGGGAGACGGAGAAGAUUGAAGAGACUAGAAAAUGUAAAUGCUCUACUAUAAUUGAGUUUUGUUGAAGUACAUCUUUUUAUGGGACCACGCUACUAGCUGCUCUUCUAGAAGCGCAUCGCUUUUCUUCUUUCACUUCAAGAAUUGCCAUUGAUUCCUAGAAGCUAGUCAUUGCUCUUCUAACCGUCGGACGAGCAGGACAUUGAGGACAUAAAAGAAAAGAAGCGAGUCUUGGUCUUAGCAGAUGUUAAGGAUGUUGGAUUUUAGUCUUAGAUGCAUGUGCAGCUACUUUUUGCAAACUAAUUUUUCGAAAAUUCGCUAAUGAUGACCAUGACAGAAGAACGGACUAUUUUUCGAAAAUUCGUGAUUGCUGAGAAGUAGGAACUGCAGGACAUAAUAUGAAAUCCCUCGUUUCUGCUAGAAGCAGUGUAAUUGGUAAUGGCGACCCUUCUUCGUCUGCAGCAUUGUCAACAUCAUCGUCGUCAUCUUCUACUUCAGUCACCUCACUAAUGAUGACCAUGACAGAAGAACGGAGAAAGGCAAGGGCAAAAAGGGAAAAGGCAAAGGAAAGAGGGAGGCGCCAGCGGGACCACAGCGCUUGGAGGGAACAAUGGAUUUAUUAUGUCGACAUGCUAGUUAGUGAAGUCAAAUAACCUACAAUCUAUCUCAUACUCGUCCAUUAUUAUGUCAACGACAUACUUAGUCGCUGUUCAUCCACGUCCACCUUGUUUGAAAGGUGAUAAUUGUUUCUUUGCUAGAAAUAUAUUAGGGCUCCUCAUCCUCUGUAAAUGUGAUGUCAGGCCGUUUUUUGAUAGAACGAGAAGAUAAACACUGCAUCACCUCAAGUUAGGCGAAUUCAUUCAUUCAUUCACUCAUUCACUCAUAUGGGACCAAGAACAAGAUGAGCAGGAGUACUUCUGAAGUUGUAGAAUAGCCGUCUAAUCUUAGAUGACGAGCAGGAGAGGGAAAACGGGGAUGCCGAGAUGGACAUCGCGCUAGGUGGUGAGCAAAUCACAGGCGCAGGAGGCAACAGAUCUUCUGUCGCGCCACAGAACGGAGAAGCAGAAGGAUUUACUUCGUAUACUGGCGUGAACGUGUGAGUUUGCUCUGUGAUGUUGAUGCAGAUUGCUCGAUGAUAUCAAUAAAGAUGACGAAGAUUUCUGUUCCUUUGGAUUACUUGUACUGAGAACCAUAGGUAGCAUGCGAAGAAGACCUACUAGAAGAGGAAGAUCAUGAGACAAAACCGACAGUGAAAAACUUGCGCCACAAGUUGAGAAAUAGACUGAAGGUGACAGCACGCUUCGAAGUCAGGAAAUGUGGACUCAAGAAAAAAGAGAUCCAAGAUAUCCAUUAACCCUAUUCGCGAUGAAAUGUUCACCCCCAACAUAUUUAUGAACUAAAAAAUUGCUUUUUAAUUGUACCCCAGGGGGGCCUUGUUGUUGUACGCUAGCAAAUACGUAGGCACAACUACAGUGACUACUUUGACUUCGACUUAUAUCCUUUUGAAUGAUUCCAAUAUCUUAGGGUGGAAAGGGAUCGACGCUUACUUCAGGGAUUCGAUAGGCAUCCACCUCAGGCUCAGCUUAUCGCGAAGAUUUCAAGGCUGCUAUGUAUACUUAGUGGCACGACUACAACCACUAUAGUCCUCGUUUCGAAGAGCACGAGCAAGAGCAUACAUUUAUUUCUAUACAUAGUUGUUACGAAAACAAGCAUUUAGUACUGAUAAUUAUGCGAGACCUUUUAUUUCACAAGAUCACGAUGAAAAAGCGGUGAAAACUCAACUCUCUACGCUCAUCUCAUGAUUCCCUAAAACAUAUAUCCCAUACUAGCAGUUUGUCAUCCUCAUCCUUCUCCUUUUGUUAGGAGGACGAGUUCC